AUGUCUUCCGACGACGCUCACAGAGGAGGCGCCCUUACCGAGAUGGCCGAACACGGCACCUCCAUGCCCAACGACGCAGGUAUCCAAAAUACCAUCCCCUCCGUGCCCCGCCCCGACCAGCGAAGCGAGAACCGUCAGUUCGAUAACCAGGGCCUCGCGGAGCCCUCGCUGGCCUUUGCCGCCGACAACGCCACCGAUCUGCCCCGGAGCACCAAGGAGAUGGGCACAACUGGUGAGGUGGUCACGGGGACUGGCGACGCGUUCCCGGUCGCGGGGGAGUCGAAGAGAAUUAACCCCGACGCGAUGGACCCCGGCGCGCGCGGAAAUGCGCGGACGAUCAAGCAUGCGAAUCUGAACCGGAGUGUGUUUGAUCGGUCCGCGAGGGAGGAUGGGAAUGCGGGCGAUUUCAUUAGGGAGCAUGAGAUUCGGAAUGAGUGA